CCUCGCCCAUAAAACAAUAACUGUAUUUCACUGACUAUUAACAGCCAACUCACAAAAUAUUAUAUUGUAGAUAGAGUAGAGUUGUGGCUACAUUUUAAUAAAAAUAAAAAGUUUUCAUCUUUCUUAGAUCAGCAGCUAUUGACAUUUCACGAAACAGACAUAAAAAUCGCUUCUGUCUCACGAACCAUCUAGUAAAAGAGGCUCAAACUUGGUAGGUGAUCAGCAUUUAGCAAGAGCUAUGAACACACAAAGUCAUGGUCCUUCAGUCACAGGGGCUCGCCACUUUUAACGAGUACUGUAAUAUUUAGAUAAAAGUGAAAUAUUUAGGCAGAAUUAUAAUUCUAUCUUAAAGAUGAAAAGUGUAUUAUGUCAGCUCGUACUAUUUUGGUACUGCACACAAUCAUCAUAUACAAGUCCAGUCACUCUUAUCGAAGAAACAUUACAGGAAUGGUAUAAUACAACGUAAGCUUGUUUCACAUUCUUCUUCGUUUACCUUAUCGUGACAGUUUUGUCUCUAUUAAUUCUCAAUACGCUGGAAGUACUCAAUCAACAACAAGAGCAAUUGAUUACAACCAAUAACAAUCUAUUAGAUGAUUUGAUUUUAAUAUACGGUGAACAGUCAACAUCCAACAACCAUGAAAUUCUUCUCCUUUUACUUACUUCUUCUGUCCGAUUACCAACUAUAAAUCAAAGUAAUUUAUCAUUACCUGAAACUAAUGAGUUACCAUAUGUUGAGACUGUGGUGCGUGAAUUAUUUAAAAUCUAUGAACCGUUUUGUUUCCGCAGAACUUACGGAAGAGGUGCUGGUCGUCCAUUUAAUGCAUGUCCUAGCACUGAAAGUGAACAAAGCGGUCUCUUAUGUUAUAAACCAUGUGAAGAUGGUUAUAACGGAGUUGGACCCGUUUGUUGGGAAAAGUGUGACAAUAAUAUGACACCGUCGGGUUUGUUUUGUAUUAGUAUUGUCUCAUCAACAGGAAAAUGUCCAUGGUACGAUGAAUGUGGUCUAUUUACACGAGGAUGCUCCAUUUGUCCAGAAAAUUAUACGAAUUUAGGAUGUUUUUGUCAACGUUCAUUUCUUCGAAAAACAUAUGGCCGUGGCGCUGGAGUACCAAUGAUUUGUUCAUCUGACUAUGAACAAAGCGGUCUAUUGUGUUAUCCAUAUUGUCUUCCUAACUACAGUGGGGAAGGACCUGUUUGUUGGGCACUUUGUCCUACUACAACACAGCCUAUAUUAUGCUUAGGCGUUGGCUGUGCUAAAACAAAGGAAGAUUGCACGACAACUGUUCUUCACAUGGUACAAUCUGUCAUCGGUGCAUCAUUAGAACUACUUCAUUUAGUGGUUGGAUUGCCAUUCAUUGAUUCAAUGACUGAGGAUCUACUUUUAAGUGCAGCUAAAGGUGAUUGGUUAAAUGUAGCAAAAGAUAUAAGUGAAAUUGCUUUAGCACUGGCCGAGAAAUUAUUUCCAUAUUUGAAAAGAAAAUUUAUUGAUUGGGAUUAUAGUACGAUAGAAUCAGCGACAAAAAAUGCUAGCUUAUUAUUAACAGUUGCUGCAUUUAAUGAUACACAUAGUUUGGAUCCGUUUAUUAAAUUUUUUAAACUCGAUAGUAUUAUCAAUGCUUUUAAUUUCGGAUUGUGUGACUUAGUAUAA